AUGAGUGAAUAUCUCCCCUCGUUCAUUGUCGAACCUGUCCUGCGCCAAGCGAGGCGAUUCUCCCGCCUCAGCGGCACCACUGAAGACUCACCCGGUCUCUUCCCUGCUGUGCCCGACCUACAACGCUGGAGCCCCUCUCGUCUCUGGAACACGUCCCCUCCGCCUGCACUGGAAGACCCCGCGGUCGAGCCAGAGUCAGAGCACAGAGAGACCACUGUGCAAUCCAUUGCCAGGACGAUCCAACUAUGGGCCAAUCAGCUGAACAGCUUCGACUCCAUUCCCUCCCCUCCGUUAGAGCCCGAGGACGAGUCAAGACGACCGUCAUCCGAACCUUCUCUUCGGCCAGAGCCUUCGACCACUGAGUUUCCUCACCUCGAGCCCGACUCUUCUCAGCUGUCGCGCCCCGUCGCUCUCCAAGACCUUCGAUCGGACAGCGAAACCUCUCUGAAUCCUGCCAAUGAGUUACCGUAUCGGUCUCGUGCACACCAGGACAGCGCACGGCCCCAUGCAGCAUCGGACCCCCUGAGGAAUUUGUCAAGAGCCGCAGACGUGGCGCCCACACAAGAUGUACAAGAGAAUGGCCCUAGUGCCGGCCGGAGGAGGGAUGGAUCGGGGACACUGCCAGAAGACGAUGGCAUGGGCGCUCUCAGACAGAAGAUCAACGGUGUGUGGUCAGGCCCCGGUACGGCCGCGGAAAAGUCAAGACUUGUCCAUGCCUUGAUGAUGGAAGGAUAUCAGAAGGGUCUCGCUGGCAAAGGCAUGUUGUCCAAAGCGCUAGACACAUCCCACACACCGGCUUCCCCAAGCUCGACCAUCUCGGGAGUCGGCCAGGAGAUCAACUAUAACAUCACGCCAGAAGCCCUCGCGCCGACCUAUGCGCCUCUUGACCCCGAUGAUAUGGAGUCGUCGGGUGAAAUAUCUCGGCCGAUGCUUGGCUGUGUCCACUACAAGCGAAAUGUCAAGAUGCAAUGCAACCUGUGCGAAAGAUGGUAUACCUGCCGACUUUGCCACGACGACGCCGAAAACCAUACUCUGCCACGUCGAGAAACCAAACACAUGCUGUGCAUGCUUUGCAACACCCCACAACCCGUUGGGCAGUUCUGCAAGACGUGUCAGGUCCAAACGGCGUGCUAUUACUGUCCCAUUUGUAUAUUGUGGAACAAUGAUCCCGAAAAGUCCAUCUAUCAUUGUGACGAUUGUGGUAUCUGUCGACUCGGCGAAGGCCUGGGCAAAGACUUUUUCCACUGCAAGACAUGUGCAGCUUGCAUGUCCAUCCAGGCCGAAAGCACUCACAAGUGCAUUGAAAAGAGUACCAAAUCCGACUGCCCCAUCUGCGGUGAGUAUAUGUUUACCUCGAAUAAACCAGUUGCGUUCAUGCGUUGCGGCCACAGCAUUCACGAGUCUUGCUUUUCGGAAUGGUGUAACACCAGCUACAAAUGUCCCAUUUGUUCCAAGAGUAUUGCCAAUAUGGAGAGCCAGUUCCGGCGCCUGGACCGGCACAUUGAAGAACAACCGAUGCCGGAAGAGUAUCGAGACAAACGAGCCUAUAUAUUUUGCAACGAUUGCAAUAGCCGCAGUGUGACCAAGUAUCACUGGCUAGGCCUGAAAUGCACCAUCUGCGAGUCGUACAAUACUACUCAGCUGGAGCUUCUUGGGGCUGAAGAAACCCCACAACUGCAGGAACAACAGGAACGCGCACAGCAAGCGGGAACCUCUGAAGCUGCCCUGACAGCGAGUCAGAGUCAAACCCCGACCGACCAAGGGACUCAACCUGUGGAUAUAGUAAGAGCAUCAAAUGAAGCCGUCCCAGGUGCUGUCGAUAUAGGCACGGCGUCCAAUACUCCCAGAAGUCGGUCGUCUUGGCUUCUGCCUCACUCCCCGACAGCUCGCUCAGCGCGAUCUGUCUCCCCGGUCGUUGGGAGUUACUUUGGGACUGGACAACGAACAGCAAGCACCCCCGAAACACCUCAACGCAGAACCACCUCGGUGGAUGAUGACGAGGAUGACGAUGACCUCGAUUUCUGGGGUCGGCCCAACUCACCUCGGCAACCCGUCGCUGCGAAGGCUGAUUCCGAGUCCGGGUCCGACUCUGAGAGUGAGCGUGACGAGCCUAUGGAGGACGAAGAGGGCGAGGAGGAAGAAGAUGCAAUGGAUUUGAUCGGGCACAGAUGA